ACCACCUGUACCAAUAUCCUCGAUCAGAAGAAUUCACCCUUCGAACAACGAAUUAAAAGAGGAAGACCUAGAAGGCGGAUAUAAUAGUGUAGUCAAGAACGUUUUAACGUACCGUCAUCGAAAUUGCCGUUGUCCUCGUCACCUUACCAGGUACACUUUUUUCCGAUACGAUACGAUUUCGAUACGAAUACACUUACGAUCCACCCACGAUACGCUACAAUACAUUGCUAAACUACCUCACCACCCUCACUACAGUCUCGACCAGACACUCCAUUUUAUUACUUUACCACUUUUUCCACCUCCACCUUUUCCUCAAGGCGACCCUACCAAAUUCAUCCCACAUGUCUUCAGUCGCCUUACCCUCGAACUUUCGCCCGCACCUCCCUUCUCCAACACAUACCACUUUUACCAAUUCUUAUCCUCUGCGCCAAAAUUCGAGUUUAGACAAAUUGCAGGAUCACCUCGUCCACGGAACUCACCUCUACAAGGGUGGUCUCCGAACGCCGCCCACCGAAAAUACCAUGAGCGCAACUUUCCACAACCCCGUGUUAUCCAACACGUACAACAGCCAUGUCGCUCUCGCGAGACAACCGAACGCUCUAAUGCAGACCGGCCGAACUGGAGGAGUGUAUCCUGGCACUAUGGCCAAUUCUUAUUCUACAACACAUACACUUCAGCAACCGCAAUAUCAACAACCCCCGCAGCUCGUUCAGCCAGCCGUAUCCCAAGCAGUGACAUCUCAGCCAGUAUACCCUGGUUCGCAAUCCUCGCAACACUCGACUAGAUCGACGACGCCUGGUUCCACGGGCUCCUUGAGCGUGCGUUCCGAAGGCACAGUCUCUAGGAGAGAUUCGGCCAUGGUUACGCACUGCAUGCAACUUCCUUCGUGCAUUAGCCCGAAUGGAGGGAACUUGGAUGAUUUUGCCGCAUUGAUGACAUGCUUUUUCUGGUUUGAGACCAUGGACACUAUCACCGCUGCGGAGCAGAUCAAGCAGCGUUCGCCCGCCGACCCGAUCCCGCCGUUGUCCCAGUAUACCGAACCGUGCCCUGCGUACAAGCAGUGGGUGAAUAAGAUUCUAUCCACGACUCAGGUUACGCAGAACGUCAUCUUAUUGGCGCUGUUGUUUGUUUACCGGCUGAAGAAGGUCAACCCGAAGGUGAACGGGAGUCCGGGUAGUGAAUACCGACUUUUAACUGUCGCCCUCAUGUUGGGCAACAAAUUCCUGGACGAUAAUACCUACACGAACAACACCUGGGCUGAGGUUUCCUCGAUUUCGGUGAAAGAGAUACACAUUAUGGAGGUCGAAUUUUUGAGUAACAUGCGAUACGGUCUCCUGACGUCUAAGGAAGAAUGGGAGGAGUGGCUGCAAAAGCUUGCCUGUUUUCACGAGUAUUACGAAAGGGCAAAGAUUGACGAGCAACGUCGGAAUAUUCCGCCUCCCAUGCCUAUGACUGUGCCAUCCCCGAACCAUGGAAGAUAUACCUCCCCAUUGCCAUCGCCCACUUGUAUCCUGCCUUCGACCGGACCAGGAGCGCAAUUAUCGCUUGCAGCAGCCUACUCUCCCAACCCGGCUAUCCAGAACCAGGCGUGGAAUGGUUACCAUCAUGCCCCGUCGGUCUCUCCUCUCGCAUCUAAGCCGAGUCUUGGUCACCCCAUGGUGCGCAAGAGAAGCUUGGAGAGUCCCGAUACGUUCGAACAUGCUCCGAAGAGAGUUACCCGCCAGCCUCCUGCUGCGAUGAUGCCCUCGACUCGACCGAUUCACGGAGGCGCCGAAGGGGUUCGUCUACCCGUGCCACACCUUACACUUGAUACUAGCCAAGCGGUUACCCCGCUUACGUAUCCUCCCUCGUCUCACUACCCUCAGCCGGCAGUGUCGCUACCUCCGAUCGGAUCAGGUAUGAGGGCGAUGUCGACCGUAUACCCUACCGCUACUACCAGUUGGGCACCUCAAGGUUCGAUGGUCGCUACUUGCGGACCGCAGACGCCGUCCUACGUAUUACCACCUAGCUACGGCACGCCGACCAAGCGACAUAGUCCUACGGGCCUAGCUCAUUUCGGCUCAUCCCCACUCGCUGAGGCGUAUGGGACCCAUACCCCCAUUUCUAACUCACCACUGGUCUAUCUACAACAGCGAGCGAGUCCUUACAAACCGGUCCGCCGUGUCAACCAUCUACUUAAUCCACCUCCGUCUAUACCUCUUUCUCAAUACCAUCUCGGAUCGAACCAGAUGCAUUAUCAGCCUCUUGGUCGACGGAACGAUCUACGUUCAGGCAUUGUCCCGGAGUUUCUUCCGGCAUACCCACCCAACCAUCGAUCACCGACGGGUCACACAUACUAGUUUUCCCUACUUUUAUUCAUCACAAAUCCUAGCACUCUAGGAUAUUUGCACCACCGCCACAUUUUCUUAUUCUCAAAACAUUUGCAUUGGCAUUGGCGUUUGGAGGCGGCAUACAGUCGAUAUGAACUCGACACCUCACGGACACAAGGAUUGUUCUUCAUUUUUUCCUCGACACAAUUGCAUCAUACC